CAGGCUUGAAACGAUGCGUGCGUGCUGACGUCACUUCCUGCGACGACCAAGAUGUCCGCGCGCAAGGCUCUCCGGCUCGCGGAGCGGCAGGCGCGAGCGCUCCGGCCUUUGCCCCGCCCACCGCAGCGCAUCGGCCAAUGGAGAGAGGCGCAGGGCCUCUCCCCCAGCGCCGCGGGGCCCGGCCCCCUGCGCGACCGCCCCGACUGGAGCUUCGCCGACGGGCGCCCCUCCCCCCCCUGGCGGGGGCAGCUCCGGAGGGAGAGAGAGAGCAGAGAGCUGGUGUACCGCGCCCUGGCCCUGAGCCGCUCCCUGGACGCCGCCAAGCGCGGGGGGGACCCCGAGAGGCUCCCAGUACAAACCAGUACGGACCAGUAUGGACCAGUACGGAGCAGCGCGGAGAGGUGAGCAGGCCCCGCCCCUGCCGGAAGCUCCGCCCCACUCCUGGCCGGCGGGAAAUCAUUGAUGGAAAUUUAUGCAAAUGAGAUGCAAAAUAAAGUUGGCUGUGUCGCUCUCAGCGGGA